AUGGCUCUCACACUUAUCAAACGUCAAGGCUGGUACCAAAACUCUGGAAAUAAUGCUAGGUACGCCUUUCUUGCAUUCUUGAUUGCCGUCGUGGUUAUCAUAUUUACGAUGACUUGCUUCGUAAAUCUGCGUCGUAUACGGGCUGGAAGGCGGCCGUUUGUUUCUAGAUAUUUGGCUCCUCCUUCGUAUUAUCAAUCAGAGAGACAGUAUGAGACAGCUCCACCACCACUCCCCACAUAUACAGCAGAAGCCAAUCCUCAACAAGAUGUCGGAUAUUAUGACCAAAAUGGCAAAUUCGUACCUGCCAAAAUGGAGGAUACAGAGUUUCCUCCUCCUCCAGGAGCCACUCCUUCAGGUGACCAUACUUAUGCCAAUGCUACGCCCAUAGUUGUGUCACCUCCUACUGAUUCUGGUAUACAGCCGGCUUAUUUGGCUCAAGAAACAACAUCUCCAGCAACGAGCACACCAGGUAGCAACUCUGCGUACUAUUCGCCAAGACAAGGAAGUAGCUCGCCACAAUCAAAUGCUGCAAACAGUCCUUCGGGUUAUGCGCCUCCUCCAGGCCCUCCACCUACUCACUCAAAGGGUAACUAA